AUGCCGGGCGGCGGGAAUCUAGUUAGGAGCGAAAGGUAUAGGAAAACGCCGCGGACCCCAAGGUCGACGCACGCGACUUACUACUACACGCGAUCCUUGGUUUUAGGAUCGCCGGUAAAAAAACGUUAUAAGAGCCCCAGGACAAGAUGUCAGUCCGCUCCAAAAGUAAUGGAUAGUCACAGUAGAUCGGCGUCCCCCCGGGACUCCGCGAGGCCGCAGCAUCGUCCACCAUCGCCGCCAGCUUCCCCUGGUGCCUUCGACAACCGAGCCUACCAACACGACGAGUCAGAUCCCAACCACAAUGACUCCUUCACCUCCAACGGACCACAUCAAAACGGUCACAGCAAGGAGCCGAACGGAGACACGAAAACCUUAGAAGCCGUCAACCUAGAACUGAUAAACCUGACACCCAAGAACGGUGCCAAGAAAAAGGAUGUGGAAGUCGAUAUGAACUCCACCAACCCCUACGACGAAUAUUUCGUGCCGGUCAACGAGCACAGGAAAUAUAUGAGAGGUGAAAAGUUAUACGUGACUGCGGACAAGCGAGGUGAGAAGGGAGGCUGUAAACGACCGCUCUGUUGGACGCUACUUGGGCUGAUUGUUGCGGCCAUAGUGGCUCUCAUUGUUUUAGCAGCAACUGGAAUACUAUUUUCAAAUUCUCCGACCGCUCUCGAACCUUACAACUCAUCUGUGAGUUCAGCGCGCGCUUUCAGCGGCAUCACACACGUCCACAGUCACGAUCAUGAUCACAACCAUGAUCACGACCAUGACCACAACCACGACCACAGCCACGACCACGACGACCAAGGCCGCAACGAACAACCGACCACACCAGCCUUUGGAACGCAAAGUGACGAAGCUCAGGAACCUUCUAUAUCUGGAGAGAGCGGUGAUAUGUCCAUAUACAUACCAAAAACUGUAGAAGGAGAACUGAGAAUCGAUAAUGAAGUAUUCACGCCUGCAUUAGAAGACCCCGAGAGUGACGAGUACAGAGACUUUAAAGCCAACUUCGGCGACGCUCUCAAACACGCAUUGUUCAACAGGAACAGUUUAGAGAACGGUGACAACGAGAUAAUGGUUGAAGUUGUUCAGAUAAGAAACGGCUCAAUUAUAGUCACAUAUAGAAUACAUUGGAUUCCAAAACACAAUUCGGAACAGAAGACCGAAGAACUUUUGACACCGAACAUUUUGAAAACAAAACUGGACAAUUAUCUAAAUGAGAACCACAGAAUGAUAAGCGUCUAUCAUGUUGCUGAAGAGAAUUUAUCGACGACACAGGUCCUUGACUUGUGUAAAAUAAACAACAAUGACUGCGAAUACAAAUGUGAAUUUGACGAAGCCACCUUAGAGUUCAAUUGUAUAUGUCCGCCUGGUCAAAUAAUAGAUAUCAAUUCACCAAAAAAGUGCGUGGCUCUACUUUAUAACUCUGAACGACAAAAUAAACCUGAAAUAACCACAGCGAGAAUGGCCUCUCUGGAACCGAAUGUUAAUACUAUGGGAUCUUCCGCUGAAGAAGAAAAAUCGGAAUCCGAACACGACAUGGAAAAUACAUAUGAUUGGAAAGACGAUCGCCAAAUGAUAGCGCAAACAUCUCCUAAAGCCGACACCGAUUUGAACUUUUCUCAUCUAUUCGGUCAAUCUGAUUCAGAAACACCGAAACCAGAACCUGAACCGUCAGCAGAUGAAGUUAAACCGGAGCCUGAACCUGAGCCCGCACAAUCAAAUCCUGCUCCCGAACCAAUACCAGAAAUCAAACCGCAACCUGAACCGCAACCCGAACCUGAGCCCACCUCUGAGCCGGAACCUGAACCUACAGCAGAACCAAAACCUGAACCAGAGCCUGAACCCUCGUCAGAACCAAAACCUGAGCCAGAACCUCAACCUCAACCUGAACCAGAGCCUGAACCUCAACCCGAACCAAAGCCAGAACCUGAACCAGAACCUACGUCAGAACCACAACCUGAACCUCCAUCUCAAACAAGCCUUGUUCCGACAGUAGUACCAGAACCUAACCCAAUCACAGGAAUUAAUACCCAAGCAGAACCUGAGCCUACAAUGAUGUUCAAUUCCGAGCCAAGUUCAAUUCCAAAAUUUGAUGUAGAACCAGAAGUUACAACAGACAACAUGCAAAAUAUGAGAAGUAUAGAUGAAAUCUAUAACUCUCAUGAAGUUACUACUAUGGCGAUGCCUGAUGCAGGUAAAACACUAGCACCUCUUACAAGUGACGAAAUCUCUUCAAUUCUUAAGCAAAAUGAAGAAUCUGCAUCUAUGACCGAAAAUGACCAACGAAGUUCAGACCAUUCAACGUUUGAUUUAGACAGCAUCAUUGGACUUAAUUCUAAUGAGUCAAGUCAGACAUCGAACAACGAACCUGCAACUGAAACUAAUGCUGAAAUAAUUCCAGUGACAAUAAACAGUAAUAAAAACGAAAUGGCUGAAAGCAUUCCAAUGACGACCACCAUGAAAACAAUUUUAGACACAAAAAUGAUUGGUGAAGAUUCGAAUGGAUUAAAAAUGAAUAUUGCUUUAGGCUCAAACGAAGCUGAACCAUCAAGUGCUACUGAAUUUAAUAUUAAUAAUUAUACAGUCAGCGACAAUGAAUGGCUUGAAUAUGACGAUAAUAAUAAGUCAACACCCUCAAUUGAUAUGAAUUCUGAAGUUAACAAAGAAAUGGAAUCACAAAUGCAAACUGAAAUGAAUAACGAACAAAUCACUAAAACCGAACCGAGAUCUUCUAAAGCGUUUGGGGAUUUUAUGUAUGAAACCACAACCGAGAAAAUGAGCGAAAUGGACAAUGAUGAUAUAACAUUCGACCUCAUAAAGAAAAAUGGUGAAACGCUCGAAAUGGAAACUACUCCUUUGACGGAUAUGGAAAAUCAACAACCUACAGAAAAUAUGCUUGAUAUUAUUGGUAUAAAGGCCGAUGACAUGGCAAGUAAAAGCAGUGUAGAAACAACAACACCUCAGAAUAUUGUUAAAAGUGAAACGUACAAACCAACGACAGAAGUCGAGCCUGUAAUCCUUAAGGAAAUGGGAUAUGGUCUAACCACUGAAUCGAAUAUACAAACAAGUCCUGAAAAUAAAGUAACAGUAGAUUUGCCGACACAGGAUAAAGAAAUACUCAACACAAACACGGAACCCAUCGAAACAACAACAGCUAAAAUGGAAUUGAAUCAAGCUUUUUCAUUAAAUGAACAAAAUAAAAACACCAAAGAAGAUAAAGAAUUAAUAGAGGCGUUAGAAAUAACGACAGCUUCAACUGAUGAACCUGAAGAAUCAACUACAAAAAGAAGUGCAUCAGAUGAAAGCACCGAUGUAACUUUUGACACUAUUAGUCUGCUUUAUAACCGUUCUUCGAAAUCAAUGGAUGAUAAAGAGAACACUGCCACUGAAGUGACUAUUUCGAAUGAUAUUCUAAGCUCCUCCGGGGAAACUUCUACGGAUUCUGAUUGGCUAUCUGAAUCAGUGACAGAAAUGAACUACGAAGAACUUGUUAAUAAAAUGAACUCACCCGUCACAACAGAAAUUCCACAUGUUAAAGGAGACGAUAACAUGAGCCGAGGUGUCAACAAGGACGACUUUGAACCGGAUUACUUAAAUAUUGGCUCUAAAUCGAAUAAAAUGUCUGACCACGAGGAACCUUUAUAUGGAAUGAUAACUGACUAUGAUUCUGAAGACUCGAGAGUCAAAAGAGUGAACAUGGCUGGCAAAGAGAAUAAAACUACUCCCAUAGAAAAAACUAUGACAUUAAAUGCCUCUCAAAUUACUGUCUUCGAAACAACAACAGUAAGUCAGUACAUUUACAAAGCAGCUGGCAACAGUUCCAAAGAAGAAGAUAUCCAGUCUAUUGUUUCGUCUCCAGCUCCCGUUUGGGAAGAAACAGAAGUAGAAAACCAAACAACAAUGUCACCAUCAUCGUCUCAAGAAACAAACGAAAGUAUCCAACAAAAUGUUGAUACAAAUAUCACAUUAACAACAACACCCGUACCAUUUGCAACAACACCUUCAAAUAAUGAUCAGAAUAAUUCUGAAAGCGAAUUAAACCAAGAUGAAAUGAUCGAUUCGAACGCUCAAAAUACAACUCUAGUGAAUAACUUAAACGUAACGAUAUACGAAAUAUCUAACACUACUGACAAUCAGUCGUUUGUAUCCACUAACCCUAACAAUCCAUUACAAUCUGAUAUCAUAUCUCAUAUUGAUCACGAAACAGAUAUGAAUCCAUUCUUACCCGAGGCGGAAAACAAUAAAAUUCUCGUGAAAAAACUCCAAGAAGGUCAUGAUAUAGAACCGACUAAUGUAAACGAAACACAGAACGAAAGUGUUGAUGAUCAUAAUACGAACACUUCAAACGUUGCUGCUAUGGAACCGAAACAAUCUGUAGAAGAAACUGCGCAGAUGAAUGAUCUUAAUGUUAUUGGUGUUAAACCAGAGACUACAACACCUGCAACGGCUGCAAGUCCCGAAGACGAUCUUAUAUUUAAUCAUCUGUACACAAACAGUGUAUCUCGCGAUGAAGCUUUCACUACAGAAACAAAUAAACCAGUUGAAGACGCACCAACUCCAGAAGAGAGUAAGGAAGUUUUGCCUAUUUCAACAUUCCUGUUAGACACAGACGAUUUGGACGUCACAAAAACACCACCAUCUUCAGCGGAAAACGAUUUAAAAAGUAGGGCUAGCAUUGACGUCACGAGUUCAAAGUCCAAUGAAGAUGUCAACCAAUUUCUAAAUAUCGUACCCAUAGAACCUGAGAAAAGUAACGAAGCACUGAACAAAAACUUAAAUUCCGAGAGCAUCCAAGAACUAAACGACAUCAGUGACUCACCAAAGAAAAGCGACAGGACGAUAGAUGUUAACAAUUUGGAAGCUAGAUACUUUUAA